AUGCUGGCAGCAACGCGCUUUGCUCCCCGGAGCUUGAGCUCCAGCAUAUGGCGACGAGCUGUGUCGACGCUGCCAAACAAUCCACACAUUAAAGUCUUUGACAAUCCCGCAUCGCCAGCAUCCUACAUCCUCACAUAUCUCGACACGAAGCCUCCAUCUCCCAAGCUCGCAAUUGGGAUCUCGACCGCUAUCCCUCCAACCCCACAGUCAUUUACGGAGAAUCAUCGAUUUCUGGACAUUCUGAACGAAGUAGUAGCCGAGUAUGGCCACCAAGACGAAGAUGUAACCAGUCAAGCCCAGGCUUUCGCCAGUCCCGGCGGAUUCAACCUAGGUUCUGGCGGUGCAUUCUUCAACACGCAAAGAUCAAAGAAAGGGUCAUCACGAAAGCAAGGCGCUGGUGGGGGAGCUGGUGGCUCUGGAGCAGGAGGUGCAAGUGCUCAAGGUGGCGCGGGCGGUGCCGGCAAGGGUGGAUGGGUGCAUCUGAGUGACCGCAGGAAUCCGCCGGAUUUUGGAAGAAUAGCUUGGCCCGAGGAUAUCUUGGGCAGCGUUGAGGUGAAUGGGCAUGGGGAAGUGAUUGGAAAGGUGCAACCAAGCGGCACGUAUAGAGUGGUUACGAGAGAGGGAAUCUUGGGAUUAAGUCCAUUUCUGCAGAGUAAGUUGAUUGAGCGAUUAAAAAAGGAGGAAUCGGCGUCGUGA